AAUUUAGUUUUAGAUGAUGGUACCGUAGUUUGUCUAAUCAAUGCAACACUAAUCCUGUACAGUUCUCCGCUCAAUAUUUCGGGUUUUCUUAGGACGAGCUCGCUCGAUGCUCACGCCUAGUGACUGCAAGUGUGGCCAUGCGCACGGCGAGGAUCACGACCACGACGAGAACGAGGAGGAGGACGACCAGCCAGCGCCGUCUAUGGCAUAUCAACUAUGGCAUCCCUGGCGACUUAUCGUGAUGGUAAAUCGAUGCACUUGAUUUCGUUUCUUUUAUUUUAUAACAUUUAUCACCGAAUUACUUCAAUGACACAGAACCCGCUGCCCGUGCUCAUCGUAUUCGUGAUCGCCAACACCAUAUUCGUGACAGUCGGAGGAUUAUUACGGCUAUUGGCACAACUACUCACCCUUCCUGGACUGUUAGUGGUGCUAGUACUUGGUAUCAUAUUUGGCAUCCGGCGGGUAGCUUCUCUAAUGGCAUAUCCCGGCCAAUUAAAGCUUGUGAUCCGAGAGGGUGAAGCCAACUUCGCUCGACUGACUAAACGCCGACUACAGAUCUUCGCUGAAUCUGCCGCCGAACUGGCAGCAGUGCUGGACCCUACCAUCAGCAAUAAACCCAUGAGGCUUCGCUUCCUACAAGUUCAUCAGAAUUUCACAUUCGCUCUGGAAACUUUAAUGUUACCGGUGAUGCAGUCGCUGGAAAUCGUGGAACGAGAUGGAAAUUUAGGAAACAAUGGAGUAAAAUUGCUGCGAAUUUUACGAGAGAUCAACAAGGUGAACUCCCAGAAAUUAGCAGAACCAUGUUCGAAAUUGUGUUCAGCGUCGGAUAAAACGUUCGACACUCAAAGACUCAAAGUGUUUGGAGGUGAAGACAAGACGGAAGCAGCUUCAAAGACUACGGAGAAUACGCGAAUGAAGUUAUUUGGAGGGUCUAAACCGGUGUUGAAAAGAUCAACAACGGUUGAUUCUGCGGCGUUGGAGGCGGAAGCGGCAGCGAAGCCCAAACCUGUUGAGGCUGCACACCCACUGGUGACAUUUGCCGUUGCCGUACGACGCUUACAAGCUGCGAUUCCACUAAUUGGACGACUACAAACUGAUGCCCCAGCGACCAGAAAUUUGACUUGGAUUGCUAAAGAAUUAUGCCGUGGAUCGACCCCUGAAGUCGACCAUAUCGCGACGCUGGAAAUGCUCCGUGCAGACAUGACCGUGCGCUUUAAAGCGGAGCAGAUCUGGAUUCCAGGCUAUAAGGGCCAUCAGGUGGACGCUAUGCUCAUGCCGCCUGCUGCAAGUGGACGUGACGCUGUGGACCGCCCGGUUGUCAUUCUGUGCAACCCGAACGGCGGUCUGUACGAGCUUCACCAUCUUCAAAUGGACUGGAUCAAGUUCUACACUUCCGAACUUGACUGUCACGUUCUAGUGUACAAUUACCGCGGAUACGGACGCUGCAAAGGCUCACCGUCUCCUCAAAUGCACAAUCUGGAUGGAAUUGCAAUUGUAAAUUAUCUCAAGAGCGAGCGAGGCAUCAACAAAAUCGCAGUCCAUGGCGAAUCCAUCGGUGGACUGGUGGCCACGUAUCUGGCGCGCAAUUCGCCUCACGUUAACGUUCUUAUAGCUGACCGAACGUUCACUACGGUACCAGCUUUAGCCCAACGAAUGAUCGCUAGAUGGGCUGGAACGGUAGUCGACUGGGUCAUGCGCUGGGAGACGGAUAAUGUGCAGAAUUACCUGGAAGCGACAUGUGCCAAGCUCUUGUGCUCGGACCCGAGCGACGAGAUCAUUUUGGAUGGAGCAUCGCUCAAAUCUGGCGUCGCGCUGAGUCUUGAAUUGGGCGACAAGACGUUCAAUCUACCUCGCCAACGUGAAGCUGACGGCUCGCCUACGUUGCCUGCGUCACCGACAAAUUUUGUACGCAAAAUUCGGACACGAUGUGGCCCUCGCAGUGCUCGUCGAGUAAGUGAAGCAGCGAGUCGUCCACAACUUGGACAGCCGUUGACAGAGACGAUGGCAGCUCGCUUUAGUGACGCUGUUUUAUCUGUCGGAAGACGAGCACUGGAGUACACGACACGGCGCGAUAAGGAAGCUGAAGAUCAUGGCAAAAUUUCUGAAGAUAGCGAGAAAACCGCGACGUCAAGCCACGUCUCUAUUACCGUUAAGGAUUCUCAAGUACCGGAAGAAAAUGCACCAGAUAGCGAGCAGCACCCGAUGAUUUCUUCGGACCCGACAGCUCCUGCUCCUAUUACCACCACUGCAGCUUUUCCAGAUGAAUUGUUGGCAAUCAUUUGGAUGCAACUCGCACGUUUGGACGGAUAUUGUGGCCAGGUGCUUCUUCAAGCUGCAGAGAACGGCGGAUAUGACAAAAUCCGCGCUUGGACGGCUUCGUUAUUGGCGUGGGGUGGGCGUGUUGCUCCUGAGCGGAGAAAUGUGCGCUCGAUCGAGCCUUUUGACCGUAAUGGCAUCUUUAUUGUGCCGAUUACAGUCGCGGAGGCGCAUGUGAUGCUGCAGCAUCUUGUAGAACAGUAUCCGCCACUCAAGUUCGACUACGAUAUUGGAUUUGUUGUGCUUAUGAUCGAGUAUUUAAAUGAUGCGUUGGAGCGACGAUGGCGCCAUCUGGACAGCUCAAAAACCAACGAACCCGUUGAGAAAAGUGAAGUUUCUCCAAGUGACAAGCACAAGAAGGCCGAUAAAUCGAUAGAGAGCGAGAGUGUUCCGUUGGUGAUCAACACGGGCGAUCCCAAGCUUGGAUGCCUAUUGCCUCUGCAUUGUGGCCACAAUAAAAAUUACGAAGAAGCAGAGAAAAAGGCACUGAUAGGCUUCCUGCGCCACGUAGGCUUCUUGGGGCCGGAUAAAUAGAUAAUGUCAUUGUUUAACUUCACAAAAGUUUCGAUGACGCAGUUGAGAUUUGUUUGUUUUUAGCUAUUUUUGAUGAAGUACAAAAAAAUAAAGCGAAAUAUUUGCACUAGCA